GAUAUGAAGUUUGCAGACGUGGCCAUUGCCUUCUCCCAGGAGGAGUGGGGGCUCCUUGAUGAGGCUCAGAGACUUCUGCACUGUGAUGUGAUGCUGGAGAUUUUUGCUCUUGUAGCAUCUGUGGGUUGUUGGCAUAAAAAGGAAGAUGAGGAGGCCCCUUCUGAGCAGAGUGUAUCUGUAGGAACAGAGCCACGGGUUGCGGCUGCUGAGAGAGCUCCUGCACCCCAGAAGACCCAUCCCUGUGGGCGGUGUGUCUCAGUCUUGAAAGCUAUUUUGCACCUGACUGAGUUCCAAGCAGCGCACCUUGAGCAGAAAGCAUCCUUCAGUGAUGAAUGUGUGAGAGGCUUCUGUUUCAGCACAAGUCUUCACCAUCAGCCGAGGCCUGCCAGUGCAAAGCAGCACUGGAAAAAAGAUAUGAAUGGGGCCUCAUUUGUGACCAGGUCCAGCUUUUACAUAUCAGAGCCACCUUUCAUCCAUGGGGAGGUUGGGGAUGACUUCCCAGCCAUCUCAGGCUUUCUCCAGCACCAGACCGCUCCUAACAGUGAAGAGCCACCUAGUGUUGGUGAAAUUGGGGUGGCCUUUCACAGUGGAAAAAGUUAUCACCUGUUGGGUGAAUGUGAAAAGGCUGCCAGCCACAGCAGAAGAGUCAUUCAGCAUCGCGGUAUAUGCUCUGAAGAAGGGCUUUAUGAGUGUAGCAAAUGUGGGAAAGCAUUUGGACAGGUCGUUAACCUCAUUCAACAUAGAAGAGUUCACAAUGGAGAAAAGCCAUAUAAGUGCAGUGUUUGUGGGAAAUGCUUUAACCGCAACUUUUUCCUCCUUCGACAUCAGAGUGUUCACACUGGAGAAAAGCCAUAUGAGUGCAGUGUUUGUGGGAAAUGCUUCAGCUGCAAAUAUAUCCUCAUUCAACAUGAGAGAGUUCACACUGGAGAAAAGCUUUAUGAAUGCAGCAUUUGUGGGAAAUGCUUUAGCUACAAAUUUAACUUCAUUAAACACCAGAGAAUUCACACUGGUGAAAAGCCCUAUGAAUGUAGUGAUUGCGGGAAGUUCUUCAGACAAAGCUCUGCCCUCAUUCAACACCAAAGAGUUCACACUGGAGAAAAGCCAUAUGAGUGUACAGAUUGUGGGAAGUCCUUCAGCCACAGCUUUGCCCUCAUUCAACACCAGAGAAUUCACACUGGAGAAAAGCCGUAUAAGUGCAGUAUUUGUGGAAAGUCCUUCAGCCAAAGCUCUGCCCUUAUUCAUCACCAGAUAGUUCAUACAGGAGAAAAGCCGUAUGCGUGUAGUGACUGUGGGAAAUGCUUUGGCUAUAGAUAUGUACUCAUUCAACAUCAGAGAAUUCACACAGGAGAAAAACCAUAUGAGUGUAGUGAUUGUGGUAAGUCCUUCAGACAAAGCUCUAGCCUCAUUCAACACCAGCGAGUUCACAGUGGGGAAAGGCCUUAUGAAUGCAGUGAAUGUGGGAAACACUUUUUCCACAAAUCUGACCUCACUGAACACCAGAGAGUUCACUCUGGAACUGGACCUUAUGAGUGUAAUGAAUGUGGGAAAUCUUUUUCCUGCAGAUCUAACCUUCUUAGACACCAGAGAGUUCACUCUGGAGAAAAGCCUUAAAUGUAUAGCGGAUAUUUUAUUUCCUUCCUUUGUAUAACAACACUGGAGGAGACUCUUCAAGAGCCAUUUACUUGAUUUUAUGUCUUUCAGCAGAUUAUACACUGUGCUAGAUUCCUUACAAGUUUUAGGUACAAGCAAGGCUUUAAGGAGCUGAGUUGCACUUUCUAACCUGCCCAGAAUUAUUACCCAAUUGAUGUCACUGCUAGAUCUUGUGACUGAAGCCAUUUCACCUCUACCACCUGGCUCACCUGCACAGUCUUUGUCAGUCACAACCCCAGUGUGCUCAGGGAAGCUGGCAUUUGUUCUCCCUUUUCCUUGUGGAAAUUAAGAAUAUUAUGCGCUUUCACCAGGAUCCUCAUUCCUUUUCCUGUGACUAGGGAAUGGGUCUGGUUCAGUGUGUGUUUAGAGGAACCAUUCCCAGCUAAGAACUACUACCUCUUUUAGGGACUGUGUUGUACAAACUCCUUGCCGUAUACUG